AUGUGUGUAGACUAUACUGGGUUGAACAAGGUAUGCCCAAAAGACUCAUACCCACUUCCCAGAAUAGAUCAACUGGUAGACGCAACGUCGGGUCAUGAAAGGCUCAGCUUUCUAGAUGCAUUUUUGGGGUAUCAUCAAAUUUUAAUGGCCGAGGCCGAUCAAGAGAAGACGUCAUUUAUCACGGACUUCGGCACGUACUGUUACACAGCCAUGCCAUUUGGCUUGAAAAACGCAGGAGCAACGUAUCAGAGGAUGGUGAACAAAGUCUUUCGUGGGCUAAUCAGAGGUGUCGUAGAAGUCUAUGUUGACGAUAUGGUGGUCAAGAGCGCCAGAGCCAAUGACCAUGUGGCCUGUUUGCAGAAAGUGUUUGACGUUGCCCGACAAAACAGAUUAAGGUUCAAUCCAGAGAAGUGUGUUUUUGGUACCGCAGGGGGGAAAUUUCUAGGUUUCAUGAUCACGCAAAGGGGCAUCGAAGUGAAUCCCGACAAAAUUCGGGCAAUUCUAGAAAUGAAAAGCCCCACCAGCAGGAAGGAGGUUCAGAGGCUGACGGGACGGGUAGCGGCCUUAAAUCGUUUCAUGAGCCAGGCGGCGGACAAAUGCUACCACUUCUUCAAAGCUAUAGGGGGCUCCUCCGAUUUUGAGUGGACCCAGGAAUGCGAAGAGUCUCUUAGGAAUUUGAAGCAGUCAUUACAAGAGCCCCCGGUCUUGACUAGUCCAUCUCCUGGGGACGUGUUGUGUCUCUACUUGGCAGUAUCACCAAAGGCAGUCAGCGCGGUCCUGGUGAAAGAGUUCUCGAAGGCGCAAAAACCAGUCUACUAUGUGAGCCAAGUAUUGAGGGGUGCAGAAAUAAGAUACAGCCUGACUGAACAGCUGGUGUUUGCAUUAAUUGUCACGGUCAGGAAAUUGAGGCCUUACUUUCAGUCUCACACGGUGCAAGUAAUGACUGACCAACCUAUCAAGCAGAUUCUACAUCGGCCCGAGACCUCUGGGAGGUUGUUGAAAUGGGCCAUCGAGUUAAGCGAGUUUGAUAUCGAAUUCAGGCCAAGGACAGCUAUUAAGGCCCAGGCUUUAGCAGACUUCAUCGUUGAGCUCACCACCCCACCCGAGCUCCCACUAGGGGAGCAGGCAGAUUGGAAAAUUUUUGUCGAUGGAUCUUCAAAUGACGAAGGAUCCGGGGCGGGGAUCAUAAUGAUAGGUCUGAAUGAGGAAGAGUUGGAAUACUCAUUGCAUUUUGAAUUCCCUGCUACAAAUAACGAGGUCGAGUACGAAGCUGUAAUCACGGGUUUGGGAUUGGCAGCCAGACUCGGGGUAACCUCAGUGGAAAUUUGCAGCGACUCUCAGUUGAUAAUCGGGCAAGUGACGGGGGAAUUCGAAGCAAAGGACGGAAAGAUGGCUGCAUAUUUAAUGGAGGUCAAAAACUUGCAGAAGGGGUUCGCUAAGUUUAAAAUAACUAAGGUCCCUCGAAAGGACAAUGAGCGAGCGGACGCGCUGGCUAAGCUCGCAUCAGCCAACCCCAGACGACUGCCUCGCACAGCCAGUGUGCAAAUUCUGCGACAACCUAGCAUCCAACACAUAAUCAAUGUUAUGAAUGUAGAGAAUGAGGAAAGUUGGAUAGACCCACUGUUUGAGUAUCUCACAAAGAAUAAAUUGUCGGAGGAUGCUCUCACAGCCAGAAGGCUAAAAGUUCGGGCAGCCUCAUUUGCCAUCAUCGAUGGGCAACUCUACAAGCGAGGCUUCACAAUGCCAUAUUUGAAGUGUUUGCGACCGACAGAAGCGCAGGAGGUGCUAGUCGAAGUAUAUGCGGGAAUUUGUGGCAACCACCAAGGGGCGACUACCCUUGCGUUCAAAACACUUCGACAAGGAUAUUAUUGGCCUAGUAUUAAGGAAGAUGCUAGAGACCGAGCAACAGACGGCAGUUUUCGGGGUGUGUCCCUUCUUCCAAUGGGGGAUGGACAUCUUGGGACCUUUGCCCUGUCAAAAGGACAAAGGAAGUUCUUGUUAGUUGCCGUCGACUACUUUACUAAGUGGGUGGAAGCUGAGCCCUUGGCUACCAUAACGACUGCAAAGAUACAGGGAUUCGUCUGGAAAAAUAUCAUAUGUAGGUUUGGUAUACUUCGGGUAAUCAUUACAGAUAAUGGAAAACAAUUCGAUAAUCACAGUUUUAGAGCCUUCUGUACAAGCUACCACAUCGACCACAGGCUGACUUCAGUUGCUCACUCGCAGGCAAAUGGGCAGGCUGAAGUGACCAACCGAACCAUACUGUGGGAUUUGAAGACAAGGUUAGAAAAAGAAAAAGGACUUUGGGCUGAGGAGUUGCCCAAUGUACUAUGGGCAUAUCACACUACCCCCCGAGAGUCGACCGGGGAGACGCCAUUCAAACUGGCAUUUGGGAUGGAAGCCGUAGUUCCGGUUGAGAUCUUAAGCGAGACAGGAAGGAUGAAAGUCAAGCAACCAGACGACGCAGCAACUAGGGGAGAACUCGACCUCCUUGAAGGGGUAAGGGACAAGGCGGCGAUAAGAAUGAUGGCUUAUAAACGAAGAGAGGCUGAGUACUUCAAUCGGAGAGUGAAGCCAAGGGUCUUCCAGCCAGGAGAUCUCGUUCUAAGAGAUGCAGCGGCGGCAGGAGACCCCCCACCAAAGCUUGGUCCAAACUGGGAAGGCCCGUACAAAGUAAUUCGUAGGCUGGGAAAGGGAGCUUACAGCUUGAAAGAUAUAAAAGGAAGGCCGCUAGGUAGACCAUGGAAUGCAGAACACCUCAAAAAGUAUUACCAGUAG